GUGCGGAACAACAAAUGCUCAGCGGCCAAUCCGCUGCAAACUUUCAAACGCUCCCUUCAUGACAGCCUGUGGCCCCUGAAAACACGAGUGGGACAAGGAACUCUCUACUUGAUAUUAUUUCCAAUAUUCUAUAGGACUACUGUCCGCUUUUACCCCUCAGAGGUUACUAAACAGGGGAACUUAAAACUAACAUGACCAAAAUCCUGUUGGCGUGCGGCGUGGUUAAAUCUCUGAGAAAAGGAUGCGUGGUUUGCAGGAAAGUGGGCAACGCGUGGGGCUGGCCAAAACUUCAGUCUGCGAAACUUUUCAGUGUCAAGGCACAGACAGCUCACCUGGUCCUGGAGGAUGGAACCAGGAUGAAAGGGUUUUCCUUUGGGCAUAAUGGCUCUGUAGCUGGGGAACUUGUCUUCAAUACAGGCCUGGUUGGGUACCCUGAGGCCCUGACUGACCCCAGCUACAGAGGUCAAAUCUUAACCCUGACAUACCCCAUUGUUGGGAACUAUGGAGUACCUAACACCCAGGAGAUGGAUGAACUUGGUCUAAGAAAACAUGUGGAGUCUGCAAAUAUCCAGGUGUCUGGACUCCUUGUUCAAGACUACAGUCAUGAAUACAGCCACUGGAAUUCUGUAAAGUCUUUGGGUCAGUGGCUAAAAGAAGAAAAGGUUCCUGCGCUCUUCGGAAUAGACACUAGAAUGUUAACCAAGAUUAUCAGAGACCAGGGCACUGUUUUGGCAAAGAUUGAGUUUGAUGGGCAGCCUAUAGAAAUAUCUGACCCCAACCAGAAAAACCUAAUAGAAGAAGUUUCAACUAAGGAGAUCCAAGUUUUUGGAAAAGGCAACCCAAUCAAAAUUGUAGCUGUUGACUGUGGUAUUAAACAUAAUAUAAUCCGGCUGUUGGUUAAGCGAGGUGCAGAGGUCCACCUUGUGCCAUGGGACCAGGAUUUGCUGAGCUUGGACUAUGAUGGCUUGUUUAUAUCAAACGGACCAGGAGACCCGUCUUUGGCUGAAAAACUCAUCAACAAUGUGCGCAAGGUGUUACAGAGUGAUCGGCCUCAGCCAGUGUUUGGGAUCUGCAUGGGCAAUCAGAUAACAGCUCUGGCUGCAGGAGCAAAGUCAUAUAAACUGCCAAUGGGUAACAGAGGGCAGAACCAGCCAGUGGUGAAUUUGAUGACAGGACAGGCCUUCAUAACAGCACAAAACCAUGGUUACGGCAUUGACAGCAAGUCUCUGCCAGCAGGCUGGAGCCCACUUUUCGUCAAUGCUAAUGAUGGCACCAAUGAGGGCAUCAUGCACAACAGUAAGCCUGUUUUCACGGCCCAGUUCCAUCCGGAAGCUAAGGGUGGUCCCACUGACACAGAGUUUCUAUUUGAUGCCUUUAUAUCACUGAUAAAGAAUGGAGAAAAUGCUAACAUUGUGUCAGUGAUGCCCAAAAAGUCCUGCAUCCCUACCAGAGCAAAGGUUUCAAAAGUGCUGGUAUUGGGGUCAGGUGGUCUGUCUAUCGGCCAGGCUGGAGAGUUUGACUAUUCCGGAUCUCAGGCUAUCAAAGCCAUGAAGGAGGAAAAUCUGAAGACGGUGCUCAUGAACCCAAACAUAGCAUCUGUUCAGACCAAUGAAGUGGGCUCCAAGCAGGCAGACUCUGUCUACUUCCUUCCAGUGACGCCACAAUUUGUAACAGAAGUGAUUAAAGCUGAGCGUCCUGAUGGCAUCCUUCUCUCCAUGGGUGGACAGACUGCACUUAAUUGUGGAGUGGAAUUAUUCCAGCAUGGCAUUUUGGAGAAGUAUGGGGUGAAAGUCUUAGGGACCCCAGUGGAAUCCAUCAUGGCAACAGAGGACCGGCAGCUUUUUGCUGACAAACUAAUGGAGAUCAAUGAGAAGAUUGCACCCAGCAUUGCUGUGAAGUCGGUGUGUGAUGCUUUAAAAGCAGCAGAGAAGAUAGGAUAUCCAGUCAUGUUACGAUCAGCCUAUGCACUGGGAGGUCUGGGAUCUGGUCUGUGUGCUGAAAAAGAGAAGCUGGAGGAAACUGCACAGAAGGCUCUUGCUAUGAGCAGUCAGAUUCUGGUGGAGAAGUCUUUACUUGGCUGGAAGGAGGUGGAAUAUGAGGUUGUGCGAGAUGUGGCUGAUAACUGCGUUACAGUCUGUAACAUGGAGAAUUUUGAUCCACUGGGAAUUCACACUGGUGACUCCAUAGUAGUAGCACCAAGUCAAACAUUGUCCAAUGAAGAGUACCACAUGCUCCGUGAGACGGCUAUUAAGGUGGUGCGGCACCUGGGAAUUGUGGGCGAAUGUAACAUCCAGUAUGCUCUCCAUCCAUCAUCUCUGGAGUACUGCAUCAUUGAAGUGAACGCUCGACUCUCAAGGAGCUCAGCUUUGGCAUCCAAAGCUACUGGGUACCCCUUGGCAUUUGUAGCUGCUAAGUUAGCUCUGGGAAUCCCUUUGCCAGACAUCAAAAACGCUGUGUCAGAGAAGACCACUGCCUGCUUUGAGCCAAGUUUAGACUACAUUGUCACCAAGAUUCCCCGCUGGGACCUGGACCGCUUUCAGGGCAUGUCUCGGGAAAUAGGUAGUGCCAUGAAAAGUGUUGGAGAGGUGAUGGCGGUUGGCCGGACGUUUGAGGAGAGUGUGCAGAAGGCCUUGAGGAUGUGUCAUCCAUCUGUGGAGGGCUUUGUUCCCCGGCUGCCACUCAAGAAAGCCUGGGGCAACACACAAAACCUUCAACAGGAGCUCGCUGUGCCCUCCAGCACCCGCAUCUUCUCCCUUGCCAAGGCGCUGCAUAAUGGUAUGAAUGUUGAUCAAAUUCAUCAGCUCACGGCCAUAGAUAAGUGGUUCCUCCACAAACUUCGCAGAAUAACAGAGCUGGAGCAAAACCUUGGAAACUAUAACAGUGCCACUGUACCCCGAGAGCUUUUGUUGGAAGCGAAGCAGAAUGGCUUUUCAGACCAGCAGAUUGGUCAGAUCCUGGGCUGCAGUGCGGUAGCUGCUAGAGAGCUGAGGAUCAGUAAUGGCAUCAAACCCUGGGUAAAACAGAUUGACACAUUAGCAGCUGAGUACCCAGCAAUGACCAACUAUUUGUACUGCACGUACCACGGUCAGGAGCAUGAUCUGGAGUUCAAAGAUCAGGGAAUUAUGGUUCUUGGCUGUGGACCUUACCACAUUGGUAGCAGCGUUGAGUUCGACUGGUGUGCAGUGUCCUGCAUCAGAGCCUUGAGACAAAUUGGCAAGAAGACAGUGGUGGUCAACCACAACCCUGAAACAGUCAGCACCGACUUUGACGAGUGUGACCACCUUUACUUUGAAGAGCUGACACUGGAACGCAUACUUGAUAUAACCCAACAAGAGGAGUGCUCCGGUAGUAUUGUGUCUGUAGGAGGUCAGAUCCCAAACAACUUGGCCAUCCCUUUGCACAACAGUGGAGUAAAGAUUCUGGGGACAAGCCCUCUGCAGAUUGACCGGGCUGAGGAACGGUCAAUCUUUUCUAGCAUUCUGGAUGAUCUUGAGGUGGCCCAAGCUCCAUGGAAGGCACUAAGUUCCCUGGAUGAUGCCUUUUCAUUCGCCAACCAUGUGGGCUAUCCUUGCUUGCUUCGACCGUCCUAUGUUCUUAGUGGCUCUGCCAUGAAUGUUGUCCAUGGGGAGGAAGAAAUGAAACGCUUCUUGGAGGAGGCUACACAGGUUUCCCAGGAUCAUCCAGUCGUUAUCACAAAGUUUAUACGAGGUGCCAGAGAAGUAGAAGUGGAUGCUGUGGCUAGCAAUGGGAAGGUUCUUGUCCAUGCUAUAACAGAGCAUGUAGAAGAUGCUGGUGUACACUCAGGGGAUGCCACCUUGAUCCUUCCAACCCAGUCCAUCAGCCAGGGAGCUUUAGAGAAGGUUAAACUUGCCACCCGUAAAAUUGCACAAGCAUUUGAAAUUUCAGGGCCCUUUAAUACCCAAUUCCUUAUUAAAGGCAACGAUGUCAUGGUAAUAGAGUGUAAUCUGCGGGCAUCGCGGUCGUUCCCUUUUGUAUCUAAAACAAUUGGUGUCGACUUUAUCAAUGUAGCGACUAAAGUGAUGGUGGGAGAGCCUUUAGAUGAGUCUUGUCUGCCUUCACUGGAGAAACCAAUCAUUCCAGUCGACUAUGUUGGAAUCAAGGCACCAAUGUUUUCUUGGCCACGACUAAGGGAUGCAGACCCUGUUCUCCGCUGUGAGAUGGCUUCCACUGGAGAAGUAGCUUGUUUUGGACCAAACAUUUAUUCAGCUUUCCUGAAGGCCAUCCUCUCCACAGGAUUUAAGCUUCCACAGAAGGGCAUCUUGAUUGGGAUUCAGCAAUCUUUCCGACCAAAUUUCCUUGCUACAGCACAUCAGCUGAAAGAAGAAGGCUUCAAGCUCUAUGCUACUGAAGCUACCUCAGCCUGGUUGUGUGCCAAUGACGUAAAUGCCAUUCCAGUGGCUUGGCCCUCUGAAAAAGAAGAAAACACAACAUUGCCAAGUAUAAAAAGAUUGAUAAGUGAGGGCCAUAUUGACCUGGUUGUCAAUUUGCCCAAUAACAACACACGCCAUCUGCACGAUAACUUCCUGAUACGAAGAAUGGCAGUUGACCAUGGUGUUCCCCUCAUUACAAAUUUUCAGGUGGUGAAGUUGUUCGCUGAAGCCAUUGGUUAUGCAGGUGAUCUUGACACAACAAGCCUGUUUCAUUACCGACAGAAGAAAGGCCAACGAAAACAAGCCAGUCACAAAGGAUAGAUUUGCCUUCUCAUCUUAUAAAUACUUUAAAAUAUAUAGACAGUGGUGUCAAAAGUACACACAUUUGUUUCUUCAGUAGAAGUAUAGAUACUGCAGUUGAAAAACAGUCAAUCAACUUAACCUCUUUACUCAAGUAAAAGUGAAAAAGUUUUUUUUAGUUUAGUUAGUUUUUUAAGUCAAAUUUUCACUAAUGCUUUCAGAAUGCCUGAAAGUUAAAAUUUAGAAACACGCUCAAACAGACUUUAGGCCUACAGACAUUUUUAAGAAAAGGCCAUCAUUGCUUUUUAAUUCUACACUUGUUACUAUGAAAGAAAUAUUGGUGGAUAAAGUGUUUAUCUAAUUUUUUUUUAUCAAAAACUCCUUUCUUUUUUUAAAGGAAGUCAAAUAUCAAGGUUGAGUAAUAUACUGUGCUAUUUUUUAUUUUUUUUUUGUUGUUAAACAUGGCACUCCACAAGCUAGUAAGGCAAAUUAAUUCAGUUCAUAGAGGUAUAAACAAAUAUUCAAUCAAGCACAUGAUUCAUUCAUAGAUGCCUCUCUAGGAUGUAUGAAUCUGGACGUCAUUCAAGAACAAAAUAUUAACCACUCAAGUCUUAAAGGUGCAUAUUUUUCCUCUUGUGUUUUGGCUAAAGUAUUUUAUUAAGCAUUUUGGUUUAAGACUUAAAUGUAAUUCUACUUUACAUAUUAUUUUAAUAUCCUAUCUGAGCUUUUAAUAUAAUUGUUCAAAUGUUAGCUUUAUAUUUGAUUGUGUAUUAUUGUUUCACACUAACACAGUCAUUUGAUUUUGAGGACAAACUGACAUUAAUAUUUAGGGGUGGACUGUAUACAUAAUAUUUGUUAUACCCUUUCUUUAAGUUUUUUUGUGUGUGUUGUAACCAAACACAAAACACAUUUAACUUAAGACUAUAACCUUCUGAUAACCUUACCUAUUUUUUAUUUUUUCACUCUGAGGUAUACACUUUCCUUUAUCAACAAAUGUCUGUCACAGGCUUAAAUCUCUGUAUUUAAACACUUAUAAAAUAGAUGUCCUUUGCAUAUUAGAUCUAAUGACUUUCUGAAGUUCACCUGUAUGAAUGAAGUUGAAUUAAAGAUGAAUCACGAUUUAUACAAAGAAGUCGCUACUAUUUUGUUAUUCCAUUAAUAUCUUAUUUCUUAUAUAUCCAUCCGCUAUUUGGUUUUGAAAAAUUAUACUUUAUCCAACAGAUUGUGAAUUCAACAGGUACUACUUUACUACAAAUAAAAAUAAUAACCACUUUUCUAUUUUCAUUAUGAGUUUACAGGUACUGUAAUAGGAAUGUGACAGAAAAUCUCCCUUUUGUGUCUGUUUGUCAAAAUAUUUGUUAAUAAUAAAAGGCU